UGAGUCGAGCGCCUUAUCCACCUGGCAAGUAAACGGAUGUCUGCUUUCUCUGGACAGUUUGUGUGCAUGGGAGGAACACCAAAACGAAUGGAGAGCUUCGCACGUUUCAUCCAAAAGGAGCUGAACAUCAAACUACCAACUGGUACAGUUCUGGAAGAUAUAAGCAGAUAUUCCUACCGUUACUCCAUGUUUAAGGUUGGACCAGUUUUAUCAAUCAGUCAUGGAAUGGGCAUUCCUUCUGUAUCCAUCAUGCUGCACGAGGUCAUUAAGUUGAUGUACCACGCCCAGUGUGGAGACGUAACCUUUUUUCGUAUUGGGACGUGUGGUGGUAUAG